UAAUACAUUUGAUCCUCGUCCCUGCUAACUCUCCAAGCGCGCAAAAGAUACACCAUUGUUGACAGGCCAUGACAUUUGCGCAAACACUUUCUGUAUCUGAAUAACCAAGCAGAAUGGCUUCACACAUUUGCAUCUCUCACUCUUUUCUUUUCCAUAAUCAUCAAUCUUUUCCCUCUUCUUCUUCUUCUUCUUCUUCUUCAUUUUCUCUGCACAAUUUUCUAUUCUCAAACUUCGCUUCCUCGUUCAAACGCUUCACACUUCUCUCCAAAGCCUCUCUCCACCACCCUAACACCCACGCGCCACACCAAGACGCUGUUUCUCGUGACGUAGAUACAAACUCCUCGUCUUCAUCCAAAAGCCGCGUUUGGGUUAAUCCCAGCAGCUCUCGAGCCAAACACUUCCGAACCAAAUCGUCGACCUCCAGGCACAGUUACCUCACCAGACUUGCGGAGUCAUUGAACUCGUGCAUUCCCACCGCGCAACAUGUAUCCACAAUUUUGAAGGGUCUAGGAGACAAUGUUUCAGAAAGUGACGCUGUGUUCAUUCUUGACAAGAUGGUGAAUUCUGUUACCGCGCCCUUUGUUCUCAGAUACUUCCUGGACAAGAUUAAACCCUCUGGAGACACCGAGGUUAUUCUCUUUAACAUCACCCUGAAAACGUUUAGGAAAUCUAGGGAUUUUGAAGGCGCAGAGAAGCUGUUCGAUGAAAUGAUUCAACGAGGGGUCAAACCUGAUAACAUUACAUUUUCGACUUUGAUUAACUCUGCUAGGAUGUGUUCCUUGCCCAAUAAAGCCGUGGAAUGGUUUGAAAAGCUGCCGAGUUUCGGGUGUGAACCCGAUGCCAUGUUGUACUCGGCUAUGGUGUCUGCUUAUGCGCAAACUAAUAAUGUUGAUAUGGCUUUGAGAUUGUAUGAUCGUGCAAAAGCUGAGAGAUGGAGCCUUGAUGCAUCGACAUUCUCAUCGUUGAUUAAGAUGCAUGGCGUGUUAGGGAACUAUGACGAGGGCUUGAGAAUCUUCCAGGAAAUGAAGGCUCUUGGCGUGAAGCCUAGCGUGGUCACAUACAACACACUGCUGGGUGGCUUGUUCAAGGCUAGGAGGUCAUGGCAGGCCAAAAAUAUAUAUAAAGAGAUGGUAACUGAUGGGGUUUUGCCGGAUUUUAUAACCUAUUCUACUCUUUUGCGAAUUUAUGCUGCAGCACAAUAUAGUGAUGGUGCUUUCGGUGUUUAUGAGGAAAUGAAGAGGCAUGGAAUGGAUAUGAGUGUGGAUCUUUAUAACAGGCUCUUGGCUAUGUGUGCUAAUGUUGGUUGCAUAGAGGAAGCUGUUGAAAUUUUUGAAGACAUGAAAAGUUCGGGGACUUGUCAGCCUAAUAGCUUAUCAUUUUCAUCCUUAAUUACUGUAUAUUCCUGCAAUGGGAUGGUUUCAGAAGCAGAAGGAACGUUGAAUGAAAUGGUCCAGUCUGGAUUUCAGCCUACUAUUUAUGUUCUGACCUCACUUGUCCAGUGCUAUGGGAAAGCUAAGCGAACUGAUGAUGUUGUGAAGAUUUUUAAGCAACUCGUUGAUUUGCACAUUGUUCCCGAUGUUCAAUUUUGUUGUUGUCUUUUGAAUGUUAUGACUCAAACCCCAAAAGAAGAGCUUGGUAAGAUAAUAGAGUGCAUCGAGAAGGCUAAUACACAGCUGGGUUCUGUAAUAAGAUAUUUGGUGGAAGAGAAGGAGGAUGAUGGAAAUUUUAGAAAGGAAAUAUCAGAACUUCUUAAUUCAAUUGAUGUUAAAGCAAAGAAGCCCUUAUGCAAUUGUCUAAUUGAUCUUUGUGUCAGACUGAAUGAGCCGAACAGAGCACGUGACCUUCUGGAGUUAGGAUUGACGCUUGAGAUAUAUAAAAAUUUACAAUCCAGAUCUCAAAAUCAGUGGUCUUUACAUUUGAAGAAACUCUCAGUUGGGGCUGCUAUGACCGCAUUAAAUGUUUGGAUAAAUGACUUGUCUAAGGCAUUGGAAUCAGGGGAAGACCUUCCACCUCUACUUGGAGUUAACACUGGGUAUGGAAAACACAAAUAUGUUUCAGACAAAGGUUUGGCUAGUGUAUGUGAAUCACACUUGAGGGAACUCAAUGCUCCAUUCCAUGAGGCUCCAGAUAAGGCUGGCUGGUUUUUGGUUACAAAGGAUGCAGCCAAAUCAUGGCUGGAGUGCAGGAGUUCAACUGAAUCAAUUGCUGAUUUGAACUUUCAGGUUUCAGAGACUGAGGAGCUGAUAUCUAGGCUAGGUAGGUCUCUUUGCAGCUGUUCCAGAGUCUAGGGAGAUGCAUAUUUAUUAUAUCCUGUCCUUAAUUUUCCUUUUA